AACAAGUGUUGGUAUUUUUGAAUGAAUGAAUGUUAAAAUGCCAUGUGGGGGUUAAAGUGCAAUAUUUGCACUAUAGUGCAAUACUUGCUCUGUUUAACAUUACGUAUGCCUAUAUGCAUGUGCUUUAAAAAAACAAUUCACAUUUCGGCCGUAGAGUUAAAUGCAUGAUCAGACCAUCAUUUAGAUUAACAUCCAUGGUGAGGUUAAGUUGUCCUAAGUGCACUGUUUUGCUUUAACUGUCAAGGUGCCGCCUAUUCGUCAUAUCAGCUGAUCACCUCAUCAUAAGGACCAAAACAGCUAAGGCUAGCUUAACGUAGCUGGUGUUAAAAGUAAUGCCAGGAUAUGGCGAUUUAAAAUUGUGUGAAAAGGUAGGAUAUCGGCCAGAAGCGCGUUUAAAAAUGUGUUCAUUUGCAGUAUAGGGCAAAGAUAAUCCUGUGUUUGUUUUGGAGACUUAGCUCUGCCUUGUCUUGCUAGUUAUCAUUUAGCCAUCGCAGCUAACCUGCGUCAGCGGCAGAAGCUAACAGGCUAACUCACCUUCAUAUGCAGGUAACGUUGCUGUCAGCGAGUCAUUAUUAGCCACAUUGGUCGCAUAUCAAGAGGGUGCUUUUAUGAAACAUAUACACUAUGUAUUAGGUAUAAAACGAUGGCUGUCUUUAUAAGUUAAUAUAGCAGUGUAACUAACCGUUACCGUUAUUAAUGAGAUUGUUUGUGUUAAGUCUUAGGUGGUUGUAUGGCCCAGUUUGUUAGCUUCCCGUAAAGCUAGCAUAACGUAACGUUAAGGUACAACCUUAAAUCGCUCCAAAAACGUCAGAUGUGAGUUUACUUUUAUUUUUUAAAGGCUUUCAUUUUAAGUUCAGCUUGAGAAGCCUUGUAUUUCUCACAAUUGAGAAGCCCGAUGACAGUUGUUGUGUCAACGCCGUUGAUUCAGUUGCAUCUUGAAUUGGACAACUUUUAACGUUACAGGUUAAAAUGGGCAUUCAUCACAUUGACAAUAGUGUUAACUGUACAUUAAUUUAGCGUUUUAUAAAGCCAUUCAUCAAAAAAUAAUUAGAUGCAACUGGUGAACAAUCACCCUUUACACAAGUAGAGAAAGCCAAGUCUGACUGGGAAUGUGUUUUUUCUUAGUGCACUUUUACUUUUCAGAUCCUGUCUUGGGUAAAGAAUUGAGAGCGUCUGGCCACCAACAAGAUUGAAAGCUUUAACUGGAGAGUAUGCCUUAUCUCUGAGCAUGGGAGGAAGUGGUUCCAAAGCCAAAGGCGUCUGGCCUUUUUCAGGCAGUGGAGCUGGAGGCGAUACAGCCAGUGAUGGGAACGAGCAGUCUGUGGCCCGGCUAAAAGGUUCCAGAAAUGCAACACCAUUUGUUUUUACCAGGAGGAGUUCUUUGUACUAUGACGAGGACGGUGACCUUGCCCAUGAAUUCUAUGAAGAGACGGUUGUGACCAAAAAUGGCAGAAAAAAGUCCAAGUUGAAGAGGAUUCAGAAAAAUCUGAUUCCACAGGGAAUUGUGAAGCUCGAACACCCCUGUAUUCAUGUAGAUUUCCCCAUCGUCCUCUGUGAGGUGUGAAAAGUGACACAGGACUGAUCUGCUGUGAAGUGCAGCCACAGGUACUCUUCUCGGUGUAAAGUCUUGUUCCAGUCUCCAAGCAUUACGGUCAAGACAGGAACUGUGGUCUGGAGCAGAAAAGGGAAGAUUCAAACUGUCAUUGUAACCUGAUACAUUGAAUGAAAUGUUAUACAUUUGAAUUCAACUAUGGUCAGAGGGUGUCCUGUUCACAAAAAUCCAUAUUUUGGUAUUCACAAAAGUACAGGUUGUGUUUCCACUACCCAGCUGAUAUGUAAGCAGUCUUAGAGAGUACAUCAAAUGAAGUUGUAUUUCUCGUGUGAGUUUCUUUUGCAGGGAAAAACGUCCUUGAUGUGAAAAGGCUUUAAUGGUUUAUGCCUUCUGUGAGACGUAGAGUGAAACUGUACGUGUCUUUGUAUGUGUACUUGUGUGCACCUAGGUUUGUCUGAGAGAAUGUGUGUGAGAGGGAUUGAAGAUGUAGUUACAGGGUAGAAUUUUAAAAAAGGGUUGUGAAGUUUAUUGUAUAUAUGGUCAUGUUCUGUGUUGUCACAUCUGAGUCUGUCUCAGUUACCGGAGCUCAGACCUGCACUAGUGAACAUAUUGUACUGUAAAUAAUUUCAGAUUUCAUAGUUGGAAAUACUUGAAUAAAUGGUUUACUGAGCUGAA